AUGUCGGCUCAUCAGGUGCAACAGUGUCUGCAGCGAGCCAGCGCCAAGUACGUGGAUUCGGCGAAAAAGGAUAUUAUGGGCGCGCUGACACAGUUUAAAGUAAGCGGAAAUGCGCCGCUCACGGUCUCCAGAACACGUUUUUCCUGACUUUUGUGAUGAAAAGUGACGACUCUUGUGCUUCAAAUCCGUUUUGACCUAUUCAAUUGUUCUAUUGGAGCAUAAAUGAAAAAUCCGUGAUUAUUCGUGGCUAAUUUUGCAAAAAACAGAAUUUGCUCCAAAAUCGUAAAUUCUGGAGACCAUUAGCGGAAAUGUCUGUAAAAAUCAAUCAAUAACCUUCUCAGGACCUCUCGCCGGGCACCGACAGCUUCAUGUUCCCGGACGGGCGGCGGAGAACCGCAUUCCGACUCAAAGGCACCAUUCCGGUGUACUACAAAGGCGCCUGCUACAACAUUCCGGUCACUGUUUUCCUCUGGGACACCCAUCCCUACUACGCGCCCAUUUGCUACGUCAAUCCGACGAAUACCAUGAUUAUCAAGGUCUGAUUGGAAGAUACUGCGAAGAUUUGAGGAAAAUUGCGGUUUUUUGCAGGAGUCGGAGCAUGUAAACAAAGAGGGAAAGGUUUUUUUGCCGUAUCUGAACGAGUGGCGGUUCCCCGGCUACGAUCUGAGCGGACUUUUGCAGAUAAGUACCGGGUUUUCGUGGCGGGACCUAAAAAAUCCUAAGAACUUGAAAGUUUCCGUCUAAUCGCCCCAUUUUUCACGUGAUGGCAAUGGUGUUCCAAGAGAAGUGUCCGGUGUUCGCCCGCUCGGCGUCGACCGCCUCCGCGAAUCCGCCGACGCCAUCAGCGACCGCUUCCGCUGCGCAGAAUCCGACGCCGUACCCGUCGACGACUCCGACGAUGCCGACUCCGUAUCCGACGGGCUCCGGCGCCACUCCGUAUCCGGCCACGUCGACGCCGUACCCGUCAGCCGCCGUUGGAAUGGGCUACAAGUGAGUUGGCGGUUGGAAAUUUCGAUUUUUUACCCGGAAUAUUGCUGCUCUCAUUGAAUUUAGCUGUUACAAGCCUUAAAACUAAAUUUGCAAACGCAAUAUUACAAAAAUUUGACUCAAAUUUUAGCACUAAAUUCCGUCGCCGCUGGCGACAAAUUAUUAAAAAUUUACAAAUUACAAAUUAUUAAAUUAUUAGACGUUCUCGAAGCGUCCAGACCGUCUCGCGUCUUCUUACAAACCGCGUUUCCGUUUCAGUCCCUACCAAAACAUUCCGCAACCGAUGCCGUACCCGAUGGGCGCCGGAGCCACCCCCUACCCGUCCUCCUCGGCCUCCUCGGGCCCUCCGAUCCGUCCGCCGGCGCCAGUCACCACGCAAUCGAACACCGGAACCAUCCAGCCGGACACCAUCCGAGCAUCAGUGCUCUCGGCGCUCGAGGAAAAGAGCCGAGCAAAGUUGAGGGAGAGAAUCGGUCAGUUUCUGGCGAAGACUUCAUUCAAUUCAAUAGAAAUAGAAUUGCAGGCACGAACAGUGCGGAGAUGGCGUCGAUUCGGGUGACCGGAGACGAGCUGCGCGAGGGACAGCAGAAGCUGAAAAGGAUGCUCGAGGAGCUCGAGGCGCAGAAAAACUCGCUGCAGACGGCCGUCGACGUCUACUCGGUCAAGAAAUCGGAGCUGACGAAGGCGCUCGCGGAUGCGGGAGGUGUGGACGCGCCGCCGAUCGACGAGGCGAUCGAUGCGUCGACACCGCUUCACAGACAGAUUGUGCACAAUUACUCGAAAGAUCUGGCGUGCGAUGAUGUCAUUUACGAACUGGGUAAGGCUCAUUUUGGACUUAUUGUACUCGAAACGUUGAAAACUGAGCUUGUACUGCUGGAUAAAAAACUGUCCAAAGACCGUCAUUUUAAAAUAAAUUUCAUUGGAGCGCGCUUGCAUUGAAACACCCGAUGAAUCAUCGCUAACAACGAUAGAAACAUAAGCCUCGUUGUCCCGAUUUCGCGUUUUUCAUACAAUUCCAGCUUCCUUAGUCCGUUUUAAGUCCGUUUUUUCUUUUCUGAAGGGCAUCUAUGCUCACCACAGUACUCUAAAAUUAUUGCUCAAUUUCUGCUUUCCUAACUCUGAAAUUAAAAAAAAAAUCAACUCCAAUCCAUGUUUCGUUUUCAAUUUUCCAAAAAACAGAUCAUCCAGAAGCGGAAAACAAAAAAACUCGUUUUGUACAAUAACUACCCUUCUAUACCAGAAAUCUGGCCGAAUUUGCUCGUUGAUUUUCUUCGGUAGAGCGCGUUUGCAUCAAGAUGAUUCACAAUUUCAAAAUACGAAUGAAUCACCCCGAAAACCCAUCAUUCUUACAGGUCAAUCGCUGAAAAACCGCAAAAUCACGCUGGCCGAAUAUCUGCGCCACGUGCGCGACGUCUCCCGCGAGCAGUUCAUCUACAGAGCCACGAUGCAAAAAUGCCGUCGCGUUGCCGGACUUCCAAUUUGA